AACUAAAAAAUGGGUAAACUAUUUUAUUUGGGGGUGUUCACUUAACUAGCCAAAAAAAAAAACAACCAGGAUUUCUGGGUUUUCGCCUUUGGCUUGCACGACUUGAUUUCAUAAGGUUGAAUUUCAGGCUUCUACCAUUGCCAAGCAUAAAAAAGGCUGCUUGAGUACAUAGUGCAGACGGAGAGAAACCAAAAGCAAAAAGAAGCUGACAUGAAUCAAAUACAAUCAGAGUUGCUAAAUGCCUUAACCAAAAUCUUACAAACCUCAAAAAACCCAAUAGAUUCAUUAACUCCUUACAUUUCUUUCCUAACUCCAUCCCUUCUACACUCCCUGAUUUCCUCUCCUUCCCUUUCCUCCCAACCUUCCACCCUCCUUUCUCUCCACAAACUCUCGCUUUCCCUCUUCCCUUGUCUUUCUUCUUCACCUUCUUUCCUUCUUUCCCUCCUCCCUCAUCUACUUUCCCACCACAAAUUCUCCGAAUCCAAAUCCCUCCUCCUCUCCUUCCUUUCCUCUGACCCGCAAAAUACCUUCUUCAACUCCCUCAUUCACCACCCUUCUCUUUCUAAAUUAAAACCCCUCCUUGAAAUCUCCGUUUCCAGCUAUGUCCAAUCAGGGAGGCCCCAUUUAGGAUUUGAGCUUUUUUGUCUCUUGAAAAGGCUUAAAAAGAAACCCAACUUGCUCACUUGCAAUACUCUUAUCAAUGGGUUGAUAAAAUUCCCAUCCUUGCAUUCGAUCCAGUUAGGUAAGCAAGUUUUCUAUGAUUCUAUUAAGCUUGGUGUUAUUCCCCAAACAAGUACGUUCAAUAUUAUGAUUUUAGGGUGUUGUUUAGAAGGUAAGUUCAAUGAGGCGAUUUCAUUUAUUGAGAAAAUGAAGGAAUUUGGUUGUUUUCCUGAUAAUGUUACUUAUAAUACGAUCCUUGGGUUUUUCUGUAAGAAAGGAAGGUUAAAGGAAGCUGGGAACUUAUUGCAAGAUAUGAAAGAAAAAGGGUUGAUGCCAAAUAGGUAUACAUUCAAUAUACUUGUUUCUGGAUAUUGUAAGGUAGGGUGGUUGAAAGAAGCUAGGAAAGUUAUUGACUUGAUGGUGCAGAAUGAUGUUUUGCCUGAUAUUUGGACGUAUAAUAUGUUGAUUAAUGGGUUGUGUGGUGAAGGGAGAAUUGAAGAGGCGGUUAAGCUGAAGGAUGAGAUGGAGAAUUCAAAAGUGUUACCAGAUGUUGUUACUUAUAAUACAUUGAUUGAUGGAUAUUUUAAACAUGGGAGUAGUGAGGACGGCUUUAGGUUGGUUGAGGAAAUGAGGGAGAAAGGGAUGGAGCUGAAUGCAGUUACUAACAAUAUUUUGGUUAAAUGGUACUGCAAAGAAGGGAGGAUGGAUGAAGCGAGUGAAAGAGUUAGGAUGAUGGAGGAAAGUGGGUUUCCACCGGAUAAGGUUACCUACAAUACUUUUAUUAAUGGAUAUUGCAAGGCUGGGAAAUUGGGUGAAGCUUUUGAGAUGAUGGAUUUGAUGGGAAGGAAAGGUUUUAAGAUGGAUACUAUUACACUUAAUACCAUUCUUCAUACUCUAUGCACGGAGAAAAAGCUGAAGGAAGCAUCUGAGUUACUAAAUAGUGCUAGUAACAGAGGUUAUUUGCUCGAUGAGGUCAGCUAUGGUACUUUGUUAGCGGGAUACUUUAGGGAUGGUAUGGCAGACAAAGCAUUACAGCUUUGGAGUGAGAUGAGGAAGAAGGAAAUUAUUCCUAGUAUCAUAACCUAUAACACCAUAAUUCGAGGGCUUUGCCAAUUGGGAAAAACUGAACAAGCAAUAUCCAAGUUUAAGGAGUUACUUCGGAAUGGUUUAGUCCCAGAUGCAACUACUUACAAUACUAUUAUUCAUGUUUACUGCAAGGAGGGGAAAGUUGAGAAAGCAUUUGAGUUACACAACAAAAUGGUUGAAAAGUCUCUCAAACCAGAUGUCUUUACCUGUAAUAUUCUGCUUUCUGGUCUUUGCAGCGAUGGUAUGCUGGAAAAAGCUCUUAAGCUCUUCAAUACUUGGAUUUCGGAAGGGAAAUCAAUUGACCAAGUUACUUACAACACAAUGAUAUCAGGUCUAUGCAAGGAAGGAAGAUUGGAGGAUGCAUUUCAUCUUGUCUCCGAAAUGAAAGAAAGGAAUCCAGGCCCCGAUUAUUAUACAUAUAGUGCCAUUCUUGGUGCUCUCGCAAGUGCAGGGAGGAUGAAUGAAGCAGAGGAGUUCAUGUCAAAAAUGGUUGAAGUAGAAAAUUUUCGAGAACAAUCCUUACAGUUGAAGGAGCAGAAUGUCAAGACAAGUGAGAUCAUCGAGGCAUAUGAUCCAGAUUCCAAUGCUUGCUCAGAACAGAUCAUUGAACUGUGCAAUCAGGGAAGAUAUAAGGAUGCUAUGCGCAUUUUUGAAGCAUCAAAUCAGAAGGGAGUUACUUUAAAUAAGUCCACCUAUAUUGUUUUAAUGGAAGGGCUUAUCAAGAGGCGAAAACGCUUAUCAAAAGCUGUCCAAUAGAAGAAAUAUUUCAUGGCAGGUACAACAGGCAAAUGUUAUCACUUUGUUUGACUUCGAUCGAGCUGAUAGGAAAGUUACCUCUUUCUUCACUUGGCCACACAUUAAGAUACUUUGAAUAAGUCUCCCUGCGUUGCUUUAAUGGAAUCACUUACCAAUAGGCGGAAAAGCAUAUUCAAAGCUGUCCAUUAGUAGAAAGCAGUGCUCAAUUGGCCAACAAUAUCUCCAUGUUAUUGACUUGGAUUCAGCUUAUAGAACCUCAGGUAAAUUAUUUCAUUCUUCACUUGGUUAUUAAUUAGAAAAGUCCAAGAAAUUGCUUGGUUUUUGUACCUUCUGCUGUCUAAGUUACCAAUGUUAACAAAUACUUGGUCAUCAUUUGGUACAUAUUUUUUUUAUUUUGCGAUUGGUUUUUCUGAGUGGCACUUUUGUUGAUUGCCUUGCCUCAAAACUUUCUGUUGCCGCACGCUGCUUGCGUUGUUUGAGGUUCCUGAAGUCAAAUUGAUGGCAACGCUUCCACAUGGGUUUAUAAGGCAAACAUGUAGGCAUGUAGGUGUGCAUAUAAUAAAGACAUGCAGGCAUAAGGUGAAGCAUAAAUUGUAAUUGGCUGUGAUUUGUUGGGAUAACUCUUCUGUUAUUAUGAAAAGAUCAUUAUUCAUUAGUGUUGUCCUUCUGCACUAGGAGUUCAUUUCGAAAAACAUAUUAGUCUUGACCGAGAUACUGCAAGCCGCUAUUUGAUAGGAACUAUGAGAACACAUUUAGUGAAUGACAAGUAAAGAGCUGCUACUCAUUAUGGGUAGACUUCUAAGAUUAUAAUAUACGAAGAAGUGAUGCAAAAGAUAAUCCUUCAUCCUUGAGUAUGAUGUUGGUUAUGUUAUUAGACACUUCUAGAAGCUUUAAUGGAAUUAUUGGCUGUAAAUUUAACAAAAGCAGAAGUGUAAUGUAGUAAGAGACCAUGUACUGUACUUGGUUUCAUUUGUUGUUUAUUUCGUAAGUUUGUAAAUAUAAAACGCAUCCCCGUGUUUGCGGUCUUUCAGGGAGGAUAUUUUAUGGGUGAAAGUUGGUGGAAGCUGGAGAAGUAUGCUGACCUCAUCCCAUAUAUUUGCUUUUCUACUACAUACCUCACAUUUUUUCAAAGCUUUUUGUUAUUCAUAAUAAGACUUGGGUAUUAGUAACUAAGGCUCCUUUGACUAAUGCCUUGGUUUUUUUUUAUUCAUAAUACACCCUUAGUUGUAAAUUUGCUAUAACCAAUGAAUGUCUAUAAUGAUUUUUGCAGUGAACCACUGCCCAAAAGAGCAGGACAAUAUCAAUUUUAAUGGUAAGAACUAAGAACUAACAUUGAUUCUGGGAUUUAUGAUCGAGAUACAAUUUUCUUAUUGAUUUAAUUCCAUUUGUUUAACAAAUUCAAAAAGCUCAUUCAUGAUGAUUUUGCUUCUUUUUUUACCAUCCUCUUGUUUCUCCAUUGCCAUUGAAGAUGAAAGAUAGCCUAUUCUUCUUCUUCUGGUUUUUCUUUUUUUUGGUACAACAAUGAUUCCAAUUCAAGUUAUUCUUGAAGAAGGAAAACACUUCAUCAAUAGAUCGCAAGUUGAAGUUUAAAAAUAGCAUAUUCUUUAAUUUCACUUCACUCACUUAGAGAUAACAAUAAAACGUGACUAGAGUGAUUAUCUUAUUAUUUUAUUUGCAUUUCAAUAUUUUUCUAAUAAAUGUUGUAAUGUUAUUUUCAUCGUCCACUCCAUAAAUGUGGAUCAUACCAUGAUUGUAAGUAGAUGUGCAAAACAUUAUUCCGUGUGUAUAUAAAAAUAUUGCCUUAUUCUAUAAAAGUUCAAACUCUACAAGCUUACUAAUAUAA